GACUCAGAAGGCAUGACGGCCCUCCAUCACGCUGCCCUAAGUGGAUUUGAAGACACGGUUGAGGCAUUACUGGACCACGACGUCAACAUCAACGCUUGGAGUGAAACUUUCGGAACACCUCUGUGUCUGGCCUCGAUCAAGUGUCGCGAGAACAUAGUCCAAAUGUUGCUCCAACACCGUGCAAAGGCUGACGCUCUCGGCGGCUGUCUAGGGUCUGCUCUUCAUGCGGUCUGUGCAAGCGGAGACGUCAAAAUUGCCGAAUUAUUGCUUCAAGCUGGGGUUGAAGUCAAUACAAGGAGAAGUGACAGGCAGACAGCUCUACUUGCAGCUUCUUCCGCUGGUGAUGCAGAAACAGUCCUGAUGCUCGUAACAGCAGGUGUGUAUCUUGAAGCCACGGACAAAUUUGGCGGAACUGCCCUUUCACAUGCCGCAUAUUUUGGUACUGUGGCCACCAUACCUCCUCUGCUGGAUGCGGGGGCCAAUCUGAAUCAUCAGAACAUAGAUGGAGCAAGCCCUGCUGCUCUUGCUGCUCAGCUUGGCAACAUGGCUGCACUGCAGUUGCUUCGGGAAAGAGGAGCACUGCUAGAGCAGAAGAGUAGAUUUGGACGUACGGUGCUGGCUCUAGCUGCCGAACAAGGACAGCUUGACGCGGUCUUACACUUGAUCGAGCAGAAAGCUAAACUGGACAGCCCGGGCAUCGAUGGCAGAACGGCAUUAUCGCAAACUGUGAGGUUCAAUCACGUAGCGGUAGCAGAGGCACUUUUGAAAGCGGGCGCGAACAUUGAGAACCAAGACGAACACGGUCGUACGCCUCUCGCGGCUGCAGCUGCGGCUGGCGCUCUGCAGUGCGUAGAGCUUCUGAUCGACUACCGAGCCGCUCUAAACACACAAGACGGAUACGGGGCAACAUCGUUGAUCCUAGCCGUGGAGAAUGGCCAACCAGACAUUGUCGGACAGCUCUUGCGAGCAGCAGCAGAUGUUCGAGCUCGAGACAAAUUUGGAAGAACGGCUUUGGCUUAUGCUGCGCGUCGUGGCGACAUUGCUUCGCUCGAUAAGCUUCUUCGAUAUGACAGCACGGUGGAGAUUUCUUGCAAUGAAGGACUGACCCCGCUUGCCUAUGCAGUCUCCUUCAACCAUCACCAUGUUGUCCAGCGACUUCUGGAGAAUGGCGCUCAAAUCUGGACUGGAGAUGGUCGCGGCUCAAGUAUUUUAGACUAUGCU